AGCAAUAAAAGUAUUAUUGCUGCACGUACACACGCAUGAACACAAAUGAGACGGCGGUGAAGCCAGCAGUUAGGCAUGCAAAAUAAGAAAGGGCUGAAAACGAGCAGCGAAGGAUGUGUUCGGUGGUUUAGCAUGAAGAAGGGAGCCCUGCCAAGCUCUAUUCCCGUGCCCUUCAAUUAAUUAAUCCCUUAAGAGUGCAUUUAUUAAUGAGGAAUGAAACCAGGCUGGUUUUUGGGUGCAGGACCCCGUGGGGAGACUUGGGGCAGGGGUUACCCCUCUGCUUCCCUGGGUAUUUUUUGGGGGGGGAGUGUCAUAGAUUGAAGCUGCAGGUGGAUCUGUACCGAGCCAGGAAGUUAUUAAGGAUGUUUAUUUUCAAUCUGGUCUCUUUGAAACCCACCGGGUCCCCUUGGGGAAGGGGGAUUCUCCCUUCCCCUCUGCUCCCCCUCUGGGAAGGGGGAUCUCUGCAGCCUCUCAGCGCAGCCUUUCCCACGGAGAAAACCUGAUCACCCCCGUGAUGAAUCUCUCAGCUCCCUUUCACCUCCCUCGGGGCCCCAGGCACCUGCAGGAAGGGGAGCAGCCAACGGCGAGACCAGCCGGGGCGGAAAACGAAAGCUGCCCCGUCAUCUUCGCCACCAAGAAGACCAUGGCUGAAGACAUCCCUGCAGAAAGCUUCCAGGAUGAAGCCUCCUGCUCCAUCUGCCUGGGUUUCUUCCAAGACCCCGUCUCCAUCCACUGCGGCCACAAUUUCUGCCGGGCGUGCAUCACCCGCUGCUGGGAGGAAGAGGAGGCGAAUUUCACCUGCCCGCGGUGCAAAGAGACGGCCCCGCAGAGAAACCUGAGACCCAACCGGGAGCUGGCGAAAAUCAUCGAGAUAGCCAAGAGGCUGAGCCUGCAGGCAGCCAAAGGAGGGGCAGGGGGGGAGAGGCUGUGCGAGAAGCACCAGGAGGCUCUGAAACUCUUCUGCGAGGAGGACCAGACCCCCAUCUGCCUGGUCUGCAGGGAGUCCCAGGCGCAUCGCGCCCACCCCGUGGUCCCCAUCGAGGAGGCUGCAGAGGAGCACAAGGAGAAAUUCCAGGCUCAUGUGCAGAUCCUGAAGGACAGGAGGGAAAAGCUGCUGGGGCUGAAAAUGGCUGAGGAGGGGAGAAGCCUGAAUUUCCUCGAAAGGGUAGAAGCGGAGAGGCGGAAGGUCGUGGCCGAAAUCAAGGAGCUGCACCAGUUCGUGGAGCGACAGGAGCAGCUCCUCUUGGGCCAGCUAGCAAAGCUGGACCACGAGAUCGUGACGAGGCAGGAGGAGAACAUCGCCAAGCUCUUGGAGGAGAUCUCCUCCGUGGGCGAGCAGAUCCGUGAGCUGGAAGAGCGGUGUCAGCAGCCAGCGUACGAACUCCUGCAGGACAGCAGGAACAUCCUGAGCAGGCUUGAGAGAGAGAGCGCCCAGAAGCCCCUGGAGGCAUCGCCUGAGCUGGCUGAGACACCCACCAGUCUUCCCCAGAAGAACAUUGCCCUCAAGGAGAUGCUGAUGAAAUUUCAAGUAAGCCUGACACUGGAUCCAGAGACGGCGCAUCCCCGGCUGGUCCUGUCCGAGGAUCGCAAACGCGUGAGAUGGGAAGACACCCGCCAGCCUGUGCCCGAUAACCCCAAACGCUUUGAUUCGUCCCGCUGCGUGCUGGGCUGCGAGGGUUUCAGCACGGGCAGGCACUACUGGGAGGUGGAGGUGGCUGACGGGGAAGCCUGGGCCGUUGGGGUGGCCAAGGAGUCGGUGAGGAGGAAGGGACGGAUCAGCGUCAACCCCGAAGUGGGCAUCUGGGCGGUGGGGCAAUGUGGGAGCCAGUACCAGGCUCUCACCUCUCCUACCAGCCCCAUCUCCCUGCUCACUGCUCCCAGGGUGAUUGGGAUUUACCUGGACUACGAGGCAGGGCGCGUGGCGUUUUUCGACUCCCACAACCAGGCGCCCAUCUUCACCUACCCGCCGACGUCCUUUGCAGGGGAGCAAAUCCUCCCUCUGCUCUGCCUGGGGAGGGGAUGCCAGUUCACCCUGUCCCCCUGACCCUCCCCACGCCUCAAGUCUCACUCACCCAAAUCUGGAGACACUGUGGGGUCUCAUCACUCCAAAGAUGGCUUUUGGGGGCAUGAAGAAAACCUCUCUCCUGGAGAAGAGCGACAGAGCUGAGCCAAAUCUCCAACCGAUCGUGCAUCCCUGCUGUUUGCUGCACCCUGCACCUGCACUUUUCAUCCCGCUGAGCGUCGUGACUGAGCAUAGACGCCGUGGACCAACAUGCAAAAGCCUUUAGGACUUCCUGACUGCUUCACCUUUUCCUACCUUUCUUCCCAGAAGAAGGCAACAAGCUAAUCAAUGGGCGAGACAACCUAAUCAAUGCACAACGCUGGCAAGUUCUACGCCAUGUCAUUUCCACAGAGCUCAACAAGUGUUUGCCGGAGUCCUCCAAGUACACAGCAGCCGACAUUGCCUAGGUGGCGUGCAAAGGCAUCUGUCCAUGCGUAAAGGCAAGAGAAAGCAAUGGUGCCGAAGCAGAGCUGGCUUCAGCCUGUCGUUGAGCAACAGGCGUGGGCUGAGGUGCUGCCUACUGGCAAGGCGGGCGUGCAAGAAGGAAGGCGGAGGGUGUGGAGGGUGCUGGCGAAGCAUUUGUCAGCUUCCGUGGCACCGAGUGGCCUGAGUGGGUUGGGCUAGCCGAAGCAAUGGUGGAGCUGGGCGUUGGGUGGUGUGGGCAGCUUGCUUGGGCUCAGGCGCUGAAGGCGAGGCGUGCAAGUGGGAAGAAGCGAGCGGCUCGUGGGCAGCGUGCUCGGCGCCUUCUUUGUGGCCGGCCCUUGCUGGCCAGGCGGCUGGGGGCCGGGCGUGGACAAAAGCCCCAAGACAGCCCCGGCCCCCGACCUCCCCGGAUAGCCGAGGGGGGAAGAUUCGGCACGCUCAAUGCCGCGGCCCGGGUUCGAUUGCCGGCCGGGGAGCUCGCUUUUGCCUCCCCCAACACCCGCUCCCCUUGCCCCAGCUCUCUCUCUCCUCACCCAAAAAACACACGCUUACGCAACUUCCCUCACCCUCGCCUUUUUCCUCGCGCCUCUUCCCAACCCACGCACGCUUCCCUUUUCAGCAACGCUCCACGCGCAACAAGCGCCCAGCUUGCACGACACUCACCUCUUGCGCUAAACAAAGCGCCCCUCAUAAAUGCCUACAAACAAACAAACUCCAAGGAAGUGGACCAAAGCACGCCCUCACGGGCGCGGGGAACUCGGGCAGGUGCUGCACCUUUCCCGGUACUUAAGGGCAAUGUCUCUUCGGGGGAGUGGGCUGUGCUUGUGCCAAGCGCUGCAAGACCUGGCAGAAAUCGGAAACGCUUGCAAGAAUACUUGCAAGUUGCUUUUUUCCAAAACAAUGGAAGACAGAAUAACAGAAAAGAAAAAUAAAAAAGAAAUAUAAAAAGAAAAUCAAGUAAAGUAAAAUAAAGAAAAAUAAACUAAAAUAAAGAAGGUAAAAGAAAAGACAUAGCUCAUAUACACAAUAUAUAUACGUACAUAUAUACAUAUAUGCGUAAUAUACAAUAAAAUGCAUAUUCCCUGAC